AUGAAGGAGGCAAACAAUUGCGAAUGGCAGAUGUGGGACGUCUCCUUGACAGCUAACGAAUUGGAGCGCAUGCUAUUGAGUCUAAAAAAUCCACCAUCCCUGCAAGAAGAAACGGAGGACGCCAAAGACAUGAAGAAUAACUCUAUUUCUCCGUCAGAAGAAUGGAGCCAUGGAUGCCAACAUGUGGCCCUCGUGAAUGUCGAUUUGACAGCGGAAUCUCUGCAGCAAAUUGUCGACAAAUGGAUUGAGACGCACGCUGCUGAAAAGGUACUUUCUGUUUGUCUCGACGAUAAUGCGCUGGGAGAGAAAGCGGCAGGAGCUGUCUGCAAAUUUGUGGCGAACGCGCCGCUCUUACGGGCAAGGAACUUCGGCCUUACACCACAACCCCAUGAACUGUCGCUGCAGAACGUCGGCAUGACAGACGCCUUCCUCUCGCGCCUGAUUGGCCGUUGCGCCCAACUGGAGAAGAACAGGAAGCCACUUAAGGCGAGCGAGCAGAAGAGCAUUAACUCAAUUGACGCAAGAAACAACGGGCUGCUGACUUACAGAGCUUCCCUCUCUCUCAGUGCUGGCAAACGCUUCUUGCCAGAAAGCUUGACCAUCCUUACGGAUCUGCUGCCAGCUGCCAGCCACAAUUCGCUGUCUUGA